UGAGUAGUCACCUGCUGUUUCCUAGCCCAUCCAGCAGCGACCCAGGCCUUUAAGGAGCUGUCUGUAGACGCCUGAAGACGUUAGAUUCAGGUGCAGAAAUGCCCUUGGCAUGUUUGACAGACUUCGAGGCACAUGCACGAGAGCGGCUGUCUAAGUCAUCGUGGGAUUAUAUUGAAGGAGGAGCUGAUGAAGGCAUCACACGGGAUGACAACGUGGCUGCAUUUAAAAAGAUUCGCCUGCGUCCCCGGUACCUGAGAGACGUGUCAGAGGUGGACCUCAGAACCACAAUCCAAGGGGAGGAGAUCAGCGCCCCCAUCUGCAUUGCACCCACAGGCUUCCACUGCCUGGCCUGGCCUGAUGGAGAGAUGAGCACGGCCCGAGCUGCACAAGCAGCUGGCAUCUGCUACAUCACCAGCUCAUAUGCCAGCUGUAGCCUAGAAGACAUUGUCACUACUGCCCCCAGAGGCCUGCGAUGGUUCCAACUCUAUGUGCACCCAGAACGGCAGCUCAACAAACAACUGAUCCAAAGGGUAGAAUCCCUUGGUUUCAGAGCUCUGGUGAUCACGGUGGAUGUACCUGUACUUGGCAACAGGCGGCAGGACAUUCGAAACCAACUGAAUCUGAGGAUGAAUCUAAUGCAAACCAGUAUUCAUUCAACUAAAGAGAGAAAUUCAAUACCAUAUCACCAAGUGUCUCCCAUCAGUGCAUCAUUCUGUUGGAAUGACCUCUCAUGGUUUCAGAGCAUAACUCGAUUGCCCAUCAUCCUUAAAGGGAUUUUGACAAAAGAGGAUGCAGAGUUAGCUGUGAAGCACAAUGUCCACGGCAUCAUCGUUUCCAACCAUGGUGGGAGACAGCUUGAUGGAGUGCCUGCUUCAAUUGAUGCUUUGACAGAAGUGGUGGCUGCUGUGAAAGGAAAAACUGAAGUGUACCUGGAUGGUGGGGUCCGAACCGGCAACGACGUGCUGAAGGCUCUGGCCCUUGGGGCCAAGUGCGUUUUCCUCGGGAGACCCAUCCUGUGGGGUCUCGCCUACAAGGGCGAACAUGGUGUCGAGGAAGUUCUGAACAUUUUAAAAAAUGAGUUCCACACCUCCAUGGCCCUAACAGGUUGCCGGUCAGUCACUGAGAUCAGUCAGGACCUGAUUCAGUUCUCCAGAUUGUAAGAGGAAAUGCUAAUAAUGAGACUGCACAACAGGAAGUCAGAUUCAUGCCAUGGGGUACAGCGCUGUCCUGCCUGGGCCCCAUCCUUUCCAACAGCUCAUGCCCUGUACCCCAAAACCUGCCAUCCCCUGUGUUUCCAAGUCCUUUGUUUUCAAAUGUCCAAUGCCCUUCUUUGCCUCACUGCUUAAAGUCCUCCUCUGAAAUAAAGAUCUUAAAAUGGCAGAAUAGCCAUGA